AAGCCACGCUCCACGUGUCACUACCACAGGAGUUUAAGUAUGAGGUGCUAUUAGCAGCAACUAACAACUUCGACCAAUCAGCCGUGCUGGGCGAGGGGGGGUUCGGGAAGGUCUACAAGGCCGUGAUUCGCGGAGGCAAGGGGGAGGCGAAUGGGAACGGCGGAGAGGGGAAGGGAGAAGGUGCGGCAGCGGUGGUUGCGGGACAGGCAGUGGCGAUUAAAGUGCUGAAUAGUUCCGGGAAGACGAGCGGUUACCGGGAAUGGGUGACGGAAGUGCUCAUGUUGGAACGCCUCUCCCACCCCAACCUGGUCAGCCUGCGCGGCUACUGCGCUCACGGCGAGAUGGCGUUUCUCGUGUAUGAAUACGUGUCCAAGGGCGCGCUCAACUACCACCUCUUUUCCACGGCCGACAAUGUGAUUCCCCUGUCGUGGCAGCAGCGGGUGCAGAUAGCCGUGGGAGCGGCAACAGGGCUGCACCAUUUGCACGAGAGGAACAUCAUUCACCGCGAUUUCAAAUCGUCCAACAUCCUGCUUGACGAUAACCUGGUGGCCAAAGUGAGCGACUUUGGGCUGGCCAAGGUGGGCCCGGUGGGGGAUCAGAGCUACGUGGAGACCAAGGUGAAGGGCACACCGGGGUAUAUCGACCCUGCUUACAUGGAGAGGGGUGAGUGA